AUGGAUCCGACUGUUCAUUUCGACGUGGUCAAAUCCGAGCUCACUCGACAAGUCUUCAACGUGACACCGGAAGUAUGUGACGAGUUGUGUGCUGCCGUUGACGAGAUCUGGGGCACCGAUACCCAGGCCUUGAAAGAAGUGACGCUGUUCGAGUCCAUCACGAAGAUCAUCGCGAGAACAAGUAAUCGCGUUUUCGUGGGAUUGCCGUUUUGCCGCGAUGAAGCAUAUAUCCACAAUGCCGUCGGAUUCGCAGAGGACAUCGCUCUAUCAGCCACCCUAUUGCGGCUUUUCCCUGGGACAAUUCGGCCUCUGGUGGCCCCGAUCAUCACUUAUCCGAAUCGGAGGCAUGCUCGUGCUUACACGAAGAUUUUGACGCCCGAGAUCGUCCGCCGACAAGACCUCCAGCGCGGCAAGGAGACGGACAUCGUAGCCGUGAGUGACGUGGAAAAGACAACCACCACCCCUUUGAGCCAGACUGGUGGCCAAGUCGCAGAUCGGGCUGCAGCACAGAAAAACGACUUUCUUCAAUGGCUCUUGACGCGCUCUUUGACGAAGUCGACAUCGAAAAGGAAAGCCCACUCUGCGUCGCUAUCUCCAGACGAAACGGACCCCGCGAUCAUCUGCGCCAGACUGUUGCAUACCAAUUUCGCCGCCGUGCAUACAACCAGCUUCAUUGGCACGAAUGUGAUCCUGGAUAUCCUGUCUGCGCCGCUCGACGAGGGUGUGGUGGAUAAACUGCGUGCAGAGGCUAUUCAGACGAUGGAUACAGAAUCAACGUCGAAUCCGAAUGUGAAAGAUCCCUCAAACGUGACGAAAAUGUGGUCAAGAUCGUCCCUGACCAAAAUGCAUUAUCUCGACUCAGCACUCCGCGAAAGUUCACGCCGAGCCAGUAUCAUCGGCGUGGGAAUUAACCAUAAAGUGAUUUCUCCAGGCGGCGUUACCACGCCUGACGGCACGCAUUUGCCUGAGGGUAGUAUGGUCGCUGUGCAUAGUUGGGGAUUGCACAACGAUGAGAAUCUCUAUUCGAGAGCAGGAACUUACAAGCCGUUCAGGUUCGUCGAGUUGAAGGAGAAUAUUGGGCGCCGAAGUGGGGAAGAGGACGCAGGGGAAGGGGGAAAUGGUAGCGAGCGAAAGAGUAAUGACUGCAUCAAGAAUACAAAGACAGUCAAUACCGACCACGAGGAAGAUCAAGUUGCAGAGAGAGAAAAGGAGAAAGAUGCCGCCAGAGUAUAUCUCGACCAGGCGCAUCUUCAGUUCAUCGCCACUUCGCCGACAUACCUGGGGUUCGGGCACGGCCGGCAUGCAUGUCCCGGUCGCUUCUUCGCUGCGAAUGAGUUGAAGUUGCUGAUUGCGUAUCUGGUUAUGCGAUAUGAUAUACAGAUGGUCACGGAGGGGAAGGAUGUUGGAAGGGAGGGUAGUGAUGACUGGAUCGGCAAUGCAAAUGGUAGAGGUGUCAGGCCUGAGUGUUAUUGGGCUGGACCGAAUCAUGUGCCGCCCAUGGGAGCCAAGGUCCGGGUCCGACGGAGGGUGAUAUGA